GCGACGGACGGACGGGCCGAGACAGAGGAGAGGAAAGUGAGGCCACCAGCCCCUUCUACUUCCAUUAAAACCCCACUCCCCUGCCUCGCACCUCCGGCUCCGGGACCCCGACGAACGCCGAGCAAGCCAUUGUGAGAGGAGGAGAGAAGAGGAAGGGGCAGAUCUAUGGGCAACUGCAAGAGUUCAUCUCGUGCACGCCUAGGAAAGGCCCAUGUCGUUCCGGAUUCAGAAUGGAGGAUGCAGGACUUUGGAAAGACCCAUGUUCCUGAUUUAGAAUGGAGGAUUAAUGACUUCUCAUCGCUGCUUGAGACAGGAGCUAAGUCAGCAAAAUCUGACGCUUUUCACUGCUCUGGGUACCUGCACGUGAGUCCAAUGCAUAAGGAAAUUGGUUCUGAAACGCAAUAUGUUGCUCUUCGUCUUAAGACAUCCGAAGCAAGCAUGGUGCCAGGUCACACGGUGCAUGUGGUUUUUGAGUUGUCAAUAUACAACCAUACAAAAGGAAUGUACUGCGGAUGCAAAGAUACCUACAACUUUCAUUUCAAGAAUACCUACUCGAAGGAGCAAUGCUUGAUUCCUCUUCAGGAGCUACUGAAAUCAUCUGCUUUUCUAGUUGAUCAUAGCUGUGUCUUCGGUGUGGAGAUAUUAAAAAUUGAUGUCUCUUCUCCUGAAAAGAUGGCUGUUGUGGUUCAGAAGAAGGAUACCACAGUUCAGAACCUCUUUGUUCAGAAGAAGGGGUUUGUCAAAAGGACAUACACUUGGAACAUGAACAAUUUCCUUGACCUGGACUUGGAUCACUUUGUUCGCUCUCCUACAUUUGAAGUUGACGGGCAUAAAUGGUACGUCCGCAUCUAUCCGCGUGGUGACAAGUACAGCACUGAUUGCCUCAGCUUGUACUUAUACCUGGAUGCAUCGGAUGAGCUCCAUCUCGAGUCCAAGAAGGUGGUUGUAAUGACUCUGUCCAUCCUGGACCAAAAGAAUGGGAAACACUUGACUGCAACUUCAGGUCUCUUAGUGUUUACGGGUGGAUGCGGCUGGGGAUGGGCUGAUUUCCUUGGACUCAAGAAUCUCAAGGACCCGUCGGGAGGCUAUGUUGUGGGAUCGAGCUGCGUUGUGAAGGCGGAUCUCACUAUCGUUGGUUCAUCCAAUGAUGGUUAGAUGUUUACCUCAUGGCCUGAUGGAGAGAUAAUGCCCUUACAUCCUACUUAUAACUAGACUUCUAUUUGAGAUAAUGUUGUGGUAGCACUACUAAAAACUUGUGGGAUGAUUUAGUAGUAAUGAGCUGGAUUUGAGACGUAAGAUGAUUUCACGCAUAUAUUUCUAGAUAUAUGCAUCGAACAGAUUAUGUCAUCGGAAGUACUUCUAUAUGCAUGGAUGAUGCAACUAUGUUAGCUUGAUGUUUGGUUCA